AUGGAAUAUGUGAAGUGGUCAGUACGUAAUGCAUGGGAAGAUUAUUUGGAAGGUGAUUGCCAGCUUCGAGUUGCACAAAUGAACCGCUUGCGGGAGCAUAAAUAUUCUGCAGUUGAUAUAUCUUGGCUCGAUGAGUACUGCAUGAAACGAUUCUGGGAAUAUGUCGUUCGAUUUUAUCCUAUGUGGAUUGCUCCAAAUGUAAUCACCAUGUCGGGAUUUUUGAUAAACCUUGUAACUGUACUCAUCUUGGCUUGUUUCUCGUAUGAUGCCAAAGUUGCUGCGUCAUCUUGGGCAUAUUUCCAAGCAGCACUUGGAGUAUUUUUAUACCAAACAUUGGAUGCUACUGAUGGGAAGCAAGCUCGUCGUACAGGCUCUAGUUCGCCCCUAGGUGAACUACUCGAUCAUGGUUGUGAUGCCAUGUCGCAAGUACUUGUCACACUAAAUAUUUGUUACGCUAUGUUACUGGGGCAGGAACGUUACAUGGUGCUGUUUGUAACUGUUUUAUCUGUUGUACUUUUUUAUUGUGCACAUUGGAGCACGUAUUGCACGGGGCGCUUAAAAUUUGCAAAGUUUGACGUCACUGAGGCACAAAUGACCAUAUUAGUCGUCCUGUUAAUGACAUCUAUAUUUGGCACAGGUUUUUGGACAGAAAAGCUCCUACAUAUCAGUUUAAAGCAUGUGGCUAUUUUCAUCUCUUCCUUAAUGUGCGUAUCGCAGAUUGGUGACUAUCUUGUAGAUGUUGUUACUGAAGGUGUUGGGAAGAAUGGAUCUACUGUUGCGGACACAUCUGUUUUAUCGCCUCUAAUACCACUGCUGAUGAUGAUAACACCGUUUUGCAUGAUAUACAGUAAAUCUGUGACAGCAGUUUAUGAUGACCAUAUCACUUUGUUUACUUUAUGUCUUGGUGCAGUAUCAACGAAAGCUACCAUGAGAUUAAUAUUGGCUCAUAUGAGUCGCAGUGAAUUAGCGAUGUGGGAUUGGAUUUAUCUCUCACCUUUGAUGAUGAUGCUUAAUCAGUAUUACGAUAUGCCGCUGGACGAGUUCUAUCUUCUCCUUUGUGCGACAGUGUAUGCUUAUGCCAGCCUGUCAUUAUACUGUGUCAUGAUCAUUCGGCAGUUAUGUGCACACCUCAGGGUUUAUUGCUUCUCUUUAAAACCUCUAAAUGAACCACUGGAAAAGAUGGCGCAGUGA